CAGGAAGACAGGCGUGAGCACCACGUCCCAAUUGUAUUCCAAUCGCCUCGCGGGGUUCCCAUAUCCGACGGAGAGCGCUAACGCAGGCUUCCUCUGCGUGGGGCGAACGUCGAGGGUUGCAAGGCCAGAGCCAACAAAGGAGACGACGACAUCGGCUACUGCUUCUGCGGCUGCUGCACGGAGGCUGGAAAUCGCCGAGCCAAAGCAAUGACCGACGACGGUGCGUGGGAUGCGAUUUUUAUCAGGCUCUUCGUCCUCUUCUCCGUGAUUCCUAAAGGGCAGUUGCAGGCCCAGCCACCAGCCCCAGCUCCUAGUCCUUCGCUAGCAGUGGUAUCUGAUUCUGAGGUGUGCGCACAAAGCUAUCCUGGGGAGCAGGGUUACCCACUCGGGAGGACAGCCCAUAUCACCGGAAAGUUGGGCCUAAACACCUUCGCAGCCAACUUCGGCAACCCUAACCCAUGCGUGGUCCAGUGCCGGACGGCCUCGGGUAACGUUUGGACGGCAGCCAAGCCUUGGGGCACGCCCUGCAUCUUGCACGGAGAGCAGCGGUUCUGCGCGGCCAACGCCUGCGUGCUGAAGAAUGACUCAUACGUCGAGUACUGCCGUCAGAACUUCCAGACGGAGAAUGCAGUCAUUGCGCUAACCCCAUACAUGUGCACACUCGAGUGUAUUGACAUCACCACUGGAAUUGUCCUCAAGGUGAAGAUGACGGACGGCAGCCCGUGCCAAGCUAAUACUGGCCGGGGAUACGAGAGGGGUUUCUGCUACAGCGGCGCUUGCACUGUCGCCGUGGUGCCCUACGUGCGACGGCUCCUGCCAGGUUACCACAGGCUCGGCCUGCUGUUCGGAUGACGACACCGCCUUCGUGACACGGUGUUUCUCUAGACGUGUCAGCUCGAGCUUCUUCGCCGUGGGCUCUGGUUGUCAGUGAGAAAAGAAAAGAGAAAAAAGAAAACAAGAUCGUGUUCUGCUG